CUAAUAUACCCUUUCAAUUCGUUUUUUUAUUUUGAUUUUCCAUCCAAUAUCCCAUUAGAGCUGGAUUAAUUGACAUCGUAUCAAUAACGCCCCAUUCAAAGGGUUGCCGGAAGCAACUGGAGCUUCUGAAUUUUUGCCAUUCGUAUAAAAAAGGGAAAAACUGCGACAAUAACUCUUUGGAGAGUACUCUAGGCAUGGACAAUUCACGUGCAAACUUGCUGGAGGAAGCAAUUGGCAUUGGCAUUGGCAAAGGCGGGCGAGUGGUGGUGGUGGAGGAUUGUGUUGAGACGAGUGGCGCUUUUGUGCUCCAUCAUUUCCUUAAACGUUUUCUCCACCCAGACUCUUCUGAUGUCGUCAUUUUCAUCGCCUUUGCACACCCUUUUUCUCACUAUGAACGCAUUCUCCGCAAGAUGGGUUGCAACUUAACUGUACACAGGAAGAAUCACAGAUUCGUAUUUCUUGACAUGCUUACAUUGGAAUGCCCAGAAAGAAAUGGAAGGGAAGCAAGAGAAGAUGGAUUGCUUGCAUUGUAUGGGGAGAUUGAGAAAGCAGUAGAAAUAUAUUCUUCACUUGAAGGCAGUAGAACCAUUACUAUUAUGAUUGAUGACAUCUCCCUUAUUGAAGUGGCGGCUAAUGGUUCAUCAAAUCACAUGUUGGAUUUUCUACACUACUGCUACACGCUGAAAGCAAAAUAUGGAUGUUCCUUUGUUACUCUUAAUCAUGAGGAUAUCUAUUCCAGUGCAAAUACGCUGCAGUUAAUCUUGCAAACGGAGUACCUCGCUGAUGUGAUAAUCAAGGCAGAACCUUUGGCAACUGGUUUAGCAAGUGACGUGCAUGGACAGUUGACUGUUUUAAAUAAAGGAAGUGUUUCUGAGUUUGGAGGUUCAAGCUCUAAGGUUCGCAAUUUCCACUUUAGGGUCAAGGAAAAUAAUGUAGACUACUUCUAUCCGGGGAGUCAGACUUGAGUAGAUUCCCUGUUCAUUGAAUUUGAACACUGGCCAGCAUAUCAUAGACCGAAGAGCGCGGUGAUUGAUGUCCUAAAGCAUUAGGAGAAAAUCGAGGAUAACCAAAGAGCGAGGAGCAAACUAUAUCUAUCUUUGAUCUCUGGUCUCCAGACAUGGUAAUCUUUAUAUGAAAGGUAUGUAAAACAUAGAAGCCAAAUUUUCCUUUCAGUUUGGCCCUUGUUGGGUCUGAAUGUUGAAGUUGUCAGAAUUUCUCCGAGUUUUUGUAAUGAAAAUUCAGUUUGUUUUCUGUUA